AUGUGGAUUCUUGAUUCGACCGGUGACUUUCUAGAAGGGAAGCGCGUGUGGCUGCGCCCUGGAAAGAAGUAUUUAUUCGGUCGAUUCUAUCGAGAUGGAGUCCGCCAUGCCGUCAAUCAUACUUCGAUAUCUCGCAAGCAUAUGACCAUUGAAAUCUCACCGGUCAACCCGAGAGAUGGGUUAUCACCACGAGCGCGAUCCAAUAUCACUAUCACCGAUCUGGACUCAAAGAAAGGGACAAUCGUUGACGGAAAAAGAAUUCAAGGAGAAUACAAGUUGGAGAAGAGCGAUGAGCAUAUCAUCCAGCUUGCUAAAUACCAACAUACGCUCCGGAUCAAAUGGGAGCCCGUGGUUCUAACGUUGUCAGCCUCCUCCAAGGUGGUGCGUGGUGAAGAUCCUCUAGCCCAUGUUCGCUCACGUCUAGAAGACCUCGACAUCAAGACCGUCAUGGACUAUAUUGUUGAUCACACAACACAUGUGGUACAGCGCAAGCGGAAUACAGCCAAGGGUCUUCAGGCACUGGUCAACGGGAAGUACAUAGUAGAUGAUUCAUAUAUCGAUGCACUCGUCUACGCGGCCACCCCCAGUGAUCUUGACAACGUGGAGUCACUCUGUCCUCUUGAAACAGACUUCGAAUCGACGUGGCCCGAUCCAAAUAAACACCUCCCGCCUCCCGGGAAAGAGCCAACUCAGCGUCCCGCAGCUGCUUUCGCUCCAAAUUCCGCACGUCUCAAUGUCUUCGAGGGAUAUACGUUUAUCUUCGGUGAUUCAGCCCAAUUUGAAAACCUGCAAGGUCCAAUCAACAAUGGCCAAGGAAAGGCACUUUUGUAUGAAGUUGAAGAUGGAGUUACAACGGCCACAGAUAUCGUUCGGUUUAUGAAAAAAGCAGCCGGAGGGAAAGCCGUGGGCAGCGUGCGGCACGGUUCCGGGGGUGUCGUCCUUGUUCGCUUUCGAUCAAAAGGAGACCUCGAACAAUGGUCUAUUGACGUCGGUAAUGAAGUUGCCCUAAUGACAGACCAGCGCGUGAUAGAGCAACGAGAAUUCCUCGACGCUAUUCUGGGAAAUGAUGCAUCACCCCUCUGCCGUGCCUUGCCCACGGAGGAGGGCUCCAGCCAGAUCUCCGCACCUACGCCAGUUGUCGAGGCUGAACAGACAAGCCAAGCAAUUUCUAUUGUGGUAUCACCCCCUGAUCCUGAGCCUAGCCAGCCCUUGAGAUCUCAGGCCAAGACACCCCGCGUGCGUGCAUACGUCAGUAAAAUGAAAACCUUUGAUGACGGAUUCGACAUGGAGUCUGUCCCAGCGUAUGCGCCCGAAGAAGAGGACAACACCAAUAUCACCUCCACUCAAACCAUGGAUAUUGAAACUCAACAGCCUUCCCAAGCAACACAACCCCUGGAUACAGUAAAGGAAGAACCCGAGGAGGAUACGGUCGCUGAUCUUCUCCCGGGCGCCCGCGCAAUGAAGCGUCGUCGUGCAGAGAUGACUCGCCAUAAUCCAGAGAGUGAGACCGUAGCUCCCAAUUACGAGGCCCCGAAACCCAAGCGACCUAAACUCGACGUGCUCGAAGCCGCACGGAAACACCGGGAAGAUGAAGAGAAACAACGCAAUGAAGACUCACACCCAGUCAACCUGGACGAUGUGGAUGUGGAACAAUUAAAGAACCUAGCUAUUGUGGAGGAAAUGGAAAUCCCCGUCCGGAACGCGCCAGUGCGCGAGGUCGAAAGCUCAGACCGAUGGGACGAUCAUUGGAAUGGGCGCAAAAACUUCAAGAAAUUCCGCCGAAAGGGCGAGCCGCGUAGUCGAGCUCGGGUCCAGACGGUAAUCGUUCCUCUAGAAGAAGUAACCCGCAAAGACUAUGGAAUCGGCGAUCACUAUUGGGCCGGCAAUUCCACUGAGACAAACUCUCGAAUCGAGCCCGAGGAUCCGGGCUCUGAAACUCAUCACGAUGAAGUUGCCCCAUCACGAUCCGAGCCGUUAGCGACUACACGCCCUUCGCCUGAACCGACUCCAGACCCAGUCCCGGCUCGGCGCCCGAAGAGAGCUCGCGAGGAGCGUGAUUCGGACAGCGAUGAUGGACUUCGUUUCCGGUUUAGACGUAAGCGCUAG